AUGUCGCUUAAUCCAUUAUCAGUAAUACUUAACAAAAAUCAACUUAUGGGAGAAAACUACGUUGACUGGAAAAGGAACCUUAAUAUUGUUCUUACCACUGAAAAACACAAAUAUGUGCUGGAUGAAGUUUGUCCCGAAGCCCCUAAAGAUGACUCUACGAAAUCUCAAAAGGCUGCAUAUGAAAAGUGGAAUCAUUCUAAUGAGAUGGCCCGUUGUUACAUUUUGGCAUCCAUGUCAAAUGUGUUACAGCAAAAACAUCAGAAUAUGCGAGCUGCUUUUGACAUAAUGGAAAGCCUUCAAGAGAUGUUUGGACAUCAAAGUCGACAAGCUAGGCAAGCCUCCAUUAGGGCAAUUAUGAACACACUCAUGAAACCAAAAGCAUCUGUAAGGGACCAUAUGUUAACCAUGAUUGGUCACUUCGAUGCUGCAGAGGUUUUAGGAGCUGACAUUGAUUCCGAGACACAGAUUGACAUG